UAAAGUUCCAUGAUUGCAAAACCAGGCGAGCGUUUCCUUUUAAAAGGAAACUUUAUUUCCUGUUAAGUCCAAGAAAAACCGAAUCGUCCAACAAAACUGGAGAAAAACCAGGUUUCACAACAAAAUUAUUCCCUGUGAAGUUAGUUGUUAGAGAAAAAUCUCUAUUUAAAGUUAUUAGUAACCCUAACAGUUUAAAAUAACUACUAAGAAAACCUGAAAAUAAAUUCCACAGGAUGAAAAUAAUAUUGACUUAAAGCAAAAAUCAUCUUGGCACUAUCACCACAAUGGCUAAAGUUGUACACUUGUUUCUCCUGUCAGUGAUUUUUGCUAUUCUAGCGGUUACUACAAAUUACAGAGGUAUGUACAAAAUGGACCAUAUGUCAGAAUGCUCGCGAUUCUGUGCUGUCGUCAUAUGGGACAUAAAUACCGAUGACACGGAUAUACGAUUCAUCUAUCACAAACGCUUUUUAUACGCAUUAAUAUCUAAAAUGCCGGAGGGUUCAUACAUAAUUUUGAAAACAACAGACGAUCUUAACACCGAGCUCAUAUUUAAAAAGGACUUCAGAUGGACAGAACAGCUACAUGGAAUAAAGUUUUCAUUUAGUAAUAAUAAGGCAGCAAUUCCGCACUCGUUGCUUCAAAAGACCGUUGAAACUUCUCUUGAUUGGAAUGAAACAGCUGACAUGGAUAUACAGUUAUUUUUAUUAUUAAAUGAUAUAUCACAUUUCGACGACGAGAAGAAAGCUGGUGAAGCUCUAACGAUAGUAAACACGUUCGUUGUAUUUACUGGAAAGAUACAACCGCAAAGUGUUUUCACUGAUUUGGCUUCAGACGAACAACACGUGUAUGGUCCUAUAACUGGCGACACAAAUGAUAACAUAUUCCGUUAUUAGACAAACCACUUCCUGGAUUUAUCUU